UAAAAUAAAUACAAUAUAUUCUAAUUGAAUCCAAAGGUAUUUCAGAAUCCGGAUUGAUAUCCGUCGUGACCCAAUCCGGAUUGCCCCUUAAACCUUAGUUCUCAUAAAAGAUCAAUCCAAUCUUGAUCAGCCCGAAUAGGCUAAUCCGAACCCAUUUUUUUAAAACAAUAUAUAUAACAUACAACGAGACAUGAGUACAUGACCACCCAUUUGUUUUGUGACCUAUUUCUUUCUAAAGAACUCUUUCGUUUUACUUUCUUCUCCAACCCUAGCCGGCGCAACAGUUCUCAUGGACGACCCUCCGCAGCACAAUGAGAACCACCCUGGGCGGCGCAACCCACCUCGCGAUGCUCGAGCGCCCCCUCCUUUGUCCUCUGCUCCUCGCAAGCGUGUGCUCCGUCCUUCGACCUCUGCUUCUCGCAAUGCGCGUGUGUCCCGUUCUUCGUCCUCUACUCCUCUGCCUUCUCUUCCAGCCCCUCCGACUUCUGAUCCUCCUCUGUUUUCUCUUCCGGCCCGUCCGACCUCUCCUCCGCCUUCGGCUGUGGAAGUCUCUUCGGCUGCGGAAGUCUCUCCGGCUGCAGUCCCUCCAGCUGCGGAAGUCUCACCGGGAGUCUCAGCCCAACCCCCACACGCAGCCAACGUCGCAACCCUGAGACGUAGCAUGCGCCGUGUAGUCAAACGCCUUGGUGUUAUGACCAAUCAAUUGAAAGUGCUGCCUAUACUCGACCACAAUGUUGCUUAUCAGACCUUGGAGCAGAACUUGGAGGUCAAGAUGAAGAAUAUCUUUCAGCUGGACAUGCUCCUCGGAUUCUACAAUUUAAUUCCACCCUCAGAAGAUGUGCUUACAAAGGCUCUUACAAUUGGGACAUACAUAGGAUUUGAGACCAAGAAUUAGAAUGUCUUCAAAUUUGGACUUCACAGAAGGAAUUGAAGAAGGAAGUUCUCUGCAAUCAAUCUGCUGCAAGCGAGGUUCUCUGCAGCUACUUGAUCAGGUCCUUCUUUAUUCUCCGAAGCUGAUUUUGAUUAUUCAAGUAGAACCAAGUUAUUUGUUGUGUACUUGCUGGGAUUGCUACCAGCUAAACAGACGAGAAAAUUGCUAAGAGACUUCCGCAGCGGGAGAGACUUCCGCAGGCGGAGGAGAGGUCGGAGGGGCCGGAAGAGAAAGCAGAGGAGGAUCAGAGGUCGGAGGGGCUGGAAGAGAAGGCAGAGGAGUAGAGGACGAAGAAUGGGACACACGCGCAUUGCGAGAAGCAGAGGACGAAGGACGGGGCACACGCUUGCGAGGAGUAGAGGACAAAGGAGGGGGCGCUCGAGCAUCGCGAGAUGGGUUGCGUCGCCCAGGGUGGUUCUCAUUGUGCUGCGGAGGGUCGUCCAUGAGAACGGUUACGGCGGCUAGGGUUGGAGAAGGAAGAAAAAGAAAGAAUUCUUUAGAAAGAGGUAUAGGUCACAAAACAAAUGGGUGGUCAUGUACUUUGUAUGUUAUAUAUGUAUUGUUUUAAAAAAAAGGGGUUCGGAUUAGCCUAUUCGGGCUGAUCAAGAUUGGAUUGAUCUUUUCUGAGAACUAAGGUUUAAGGGGCAAUCCGGAUUGGGUCAUGACGGAUAUCAAUCCGGAUUCUGAAAUACCUUUGGAUUCAAUUAGAAUAUAUUGUAUUUAUUUUAUUUUUUAUUUUA